GGAUACAGAGUUAGAAACAUCGAUGAGAGAGAAACAUCGACCAGCUGCCUCCUGCACACCCCCCACUGGGGAUGUGCCAACAACCAAGGUACAUGCCCUUGACUGGAAUCGAACCAGGUACCCUUCAGUCCGCAGGCCAAUGCUCUUUCCACUGAGCCAAACCGAUCAGGGCUGUUGAUUUGUUGAUGAUAGUUAUUCUGACAGGUGUGAGAUGGUACCUCAUUGUUGUUGUUGUUUUUUUGCCAUUGUCGUUUUGAUUGGCAUCUCUCAGAUGAUUAGUGACUUUGAGCAUUUUUUCAUGUCUCUUGGCCUUCCUUAUGUCCUCUUUCGACAUCACUUUUUUCUUACUACUGGGCUGUUAGCAGUGGAAUGGCUCUUUGAUAAGUUGCCUUUAAGCACAUGGAUGAGGGAUGUGAGUCAGCUCCCUAGAGUGUUUCAAAUGUGAGACUAUGGGACAUUCAAGGAGUUAUAUCUGGAUUUGUGUGAGGAGCUUCUAGAAACUUGUCUGCAUAGCCAGUAAUGAGCAAGAGGGAAAAUGACUGGAGAUAAUGACAGUGGUGUAGCAGCUGGAAGUUCUUAGAUACUGGUCACGCAUUGCCUUGGGAGACCAUUUAAGAUCUUGCUUUCAUUCCAAAUGAGUUGAGACACCCGUGAGAACUAUUGAGUAGAGGAAUAGCAUUAUUUAACUAAUUUUUGAAUUUUUAAAAAAUAUAUUUCUUGUUGAUUUUAGAUAUAGAGAGACAGGGAGGGGGGGGGAGAGAGAGAAAGAACAUCAGUGUGAGAGAGAAACAUCAUUUGGUUGCCUCCUAUGUGCACUGGGGAUCAAACCCACAACCUGUGUGUGUACCCUGACCGGGAAUUGAACCGGUGACCAUUUGGUGCAAAGGAUGAUGCUCACCCAACUGAGCCACACUGAACGCAGGAAGAUCCAUCAUCCUCUGCCACAUCACCUGCACAGUCGAAGCAUUCAGAAGAAUGUGGAACGAUGCUGUGAAUAUAAUAUGUCUGCAAAUAUUAAUCAGAGUGGAGGUCAUUACCUACUAAAGCAAAAUCAUGAUAUGUGUGAGAUAAGUGAAAAACUUACAGAAUCAAAUUUAAGUUUUGAAAACCAAAACAAAAGCCGUAACUUAAGGAAUUCCAUUGAGUUGAAUGGAGAUAGGACAUGCAUUGUGCAUGCUAACCAAGAACAAUUUUACACUGAAAUCACAUUGCCUGGCAGUACCAAACCCAUUAAUAAGAAGUCCCAGAUCACCGUAGAAAAAGCACAUGUAUGCACUGAAUGUGGGAAAGCCUUUGUGAAGAUGUCUCAGCUCACUGAUCACCACAGAGUUCACACAAGAGAGAAACCUUAUGGGUGCAGUCUGUGUGGGAAAACUUUCAGCAGAAAAUCCAGGCUCACCGAACAUCAGAGAAUUCAUUCGGUACUCAAACAGUAUGAAUGCACUGAAUGUGACAAAACCUUCCUCAAGAAAUCACAGUUCAAUAGACAUCAGAAAACUCACAUGGGAGAGAAACCUUAUACGUGCAGUGAAUGUGGGAAAGAGUUCAUCAAAAAGUUUUGGCUCAUUUGUCAUCAGAGAACUCAUACAGGGGAGAAACCCUAUCGGUGCAGUCUAUGUGAGAAGACCUUCUGUACAAAGUCUAAUCUAAAUAAACAUCAAAAAAUGCAUACAGGAGAGAAACCUUACAAAUGCAGUGAAUGUGGAAAAGCGUUUGUUGAGAGAAAUCAUCUUAUUGCCCAUCAUCGAACUCAUACAGGAGAGAAACCCCAUGAAUGCCAUCUGUGUGGGAAGACCUUCCGUAUAAAAUCUAAUCUGAAUAAACAUACAAAAACCCAUACAGGAGAAAAGCCUUAUAAAUGCAGUGUAUGUGGAAAAGGCUUUAUUGAGAAGAAGCGUCUUAUUGUACAUCAUCGAACUCAUACAGGAGAGAAACCCCAUGGAUGCAAUCUAUGUGGGAAGACCUUUGCUACAAAGUUUAGUCUCACAGUACAUGAAAGAAGUCAUACAGGAGAGAAACCUUAUACAUGCAGUGAAUGUGGGAAAGGCUUUGUCAAGAAGAGUCAUCUGAUAGGGCAUCACCGAAUUCACACAGGAGAGAAACCUUUUACAUGCAGUGAAUGUGGGAAAGGAUUCACAUUGAAGCAGUACCUUAUAGGACAUCAGCUAACGCAUGCUGAACAGAAGCCCUAUGUAUGUAGUGUGUGUGGUAAAGGCUUCAUUGCGAAGCGUGAUCUCACCGUACAUCAGCGAAGUCAUAGUUCAGAUAAACCAUAUAUAUGCAAUGAAUGUGGAAAAGGCUUUAUUGUGAAACGUGCUCUCAUUAUACAUCAGAGAAUACACACAGGAGAGAAACCCUAUGUGUGUAACGAAUGCGGAAAAGCCUUCUCGGUGAAAAUACAGCUGAUUGUACAUCAGAGAACUCAUACAGGAGAGAAACCCUUUUUAUGUAGUGAAUGUGGGAAAGGCUUCUCAACGAAGCACUGCCUUAUAGGACAUCUGCGAACUCAUACUGGAGAGAAGCCCUAUGUAUGUACUGUGUGUGGAAAAUGCUUCACCAUGAAGCGUGAUCUCACUAUACAUCAGCAGGGUCAUACUUCAGAAAAACCAUAUAUGUGUAGUGAAUGUGGAAAGGGCUUCAUCGUGAAGAGUCGUCUGAUUGUACAUCAGCGAAUACACACAGGAGAGAAACCCUAUGUAUGCAGUGAUUGUGGGAAAGGCUUCCCACAGAAAAGGCAACUGAUUGUACAUCAGUGGACUCAUACAGGACAGAAACCUUAUAUAUGCAGUGAAUGUGGGAAAGAUUUCACAGUAAAACGUAAUCUAAUCAAACAUCACCUAAAACAUACAAGAGACAAGCCUCAGGAAUGUAGUGGAAGAGGCUUCACCAUGAAAACUGAUCUUACUUUACAUUAGCAAAGUUAUACUUAAGAGAAACUGUGUAUGUUCAAUGAAUUGGGGUAAAUCUUUACCCCAAAGACUCAUGUCAGUGUACAUCAGCACACUCAGAUGGGAGAUGACGUUUCUAUGUGCAAGAAGUAUGGCAAAGGCUUAAUUGGGAAAAACAUGCUCAUUGCACAAAUGUGAAUUCAUAUGGAGAGGAACUGUAUAUAUGUAAUGAAUGUGGAAAGAGGAUACUGGGGGUAUUCUUCAGCAAACUCAUACUGUAGAGAAGCCAUGCACAUGUAAUAAAAGUGGUUGAGGCUUUAGGAAGAAGACAUGCCUCAUGCACCAUCAGAGGUUUCACUCAAGAAGGACUUCGUUUGCAUGUACUGAAUGUGGAAAAUUUGCAUUCAGCAAAAAUGAUCUCAUUACCCAUCAGAAUCCACAUGGGAGAGAAGCCCUAUGAAUGAAUUUAAUGUGGGAAAGCCUUCACUACAAACUCAGGACUAUGUUCAUCAAAGAAAACAUACAGGAAGGAGGCCCUAAGGGUGCAGCAAUUGUGGAAAAGCUUCUGACCACUUGUCAAUUGUUAAACGUAAGAUUUCACAGGUAGUUGCUUUCGGGUAAGCCUGUUGCCAGUUGUAGGCCCUCAAGAUAAUAGUAUACAAAAAAUAUUAUGCAGUAAAGAAUAACUUAAUACAACAGGAAAGUUAGGGGGGAAAUGAAUAACUUACUGCAAAGAAUCUGGUACUAUCUUUCUUGGUCAUUUUCCUGAUUUUAUAUAAAGAAAUUACAAAACAAUUUGGAUACAAUCAGCCUUCAUGAAAAUAUUUUUGGACAUUAUAUGUCUAAAAUGUUUAUCUUGAUAUAAGUCCUAUGAAUGUGACAGAAUAGGAAA